GACAGAAAGAAAGCAAAAAAGAUAGAAAGAAAGAAAAGGAAAAAGAGGAAGGAAAUUACAAAGUGAGAUAAUAGGCAGAUAAAGAGAAAGAGACUAGUCAAACAAUAGAAAGAGGAGAGGGAAGGGGAGCAAGUUAGAAUAUAAGUGAGAGAGCGAUAAGGACCAAGAGGGGAGUCGGGGGGUGAAUAUUGGGGAGACUGAUAAAUGAGGGUAGUGGGAUAGUGCAUGGGAUAGACACAACCAAGAUGAUAUUUACCAAUACUGAUUGAGAGAAAAUAACUAUAAAACCAGACAGACUUUGACAUGUAUGGUGUACACACCAAUAUCUAGCACCAAGGAUGGAGAGACUCUUCAUAUAUCUGGCUCUGGUUUCAGCAGCUACAGCAAAGUUUCAUAUUCAAACUCAGCAGAAACUCCUGGUGGCAGAGGUGGGAUCGGACGUUAUCUUGCCCUGCACUGUAACCCCACCAUCGCCUGCCGUUGGCCUGGAGGUGCGUUGGUUUCGUGACCUUUACCACAAUGUCGCCUUCCUGCUCAAAGAUGGCAACGAAGACCGCCAGCAACAGAGUCCAGAUUAUCGCGGGCGGGCCUUUAUGCUGGCCGGACCAGACAAAGGAGACCUGUCACUUAGUCUGCGCCAGGUCUGCCUCUCCGAUGCAGGCGAAUAUCACUGCUUUGUGGAGAACACCACGGCCAACAGCGAUGAAGAGGGAAUCAUGACGCUCAGUGUUGUGGGUUUGGGGACUCCGCCUCUUAUAGCAGUUGCUCUGCAGGGCAGUUCUGUUGUUCUCUCAUGUUCCUCGGAGGAGUGGUUUCCAGAGCCAACCAUGUUCUGGGCGAUGGGAAAUGGGGAACCAUUACCAGUGAAUCACAGCAUAAAGAAAUCGUCCAAUGGAUUUUUCCAUGUUCAUAGCAACAUUCAUCUUCAAGAUGCCUCAGGCGGGCAUGUCUACUGCGGACUACAACAUCCUGUGACAAAGACAGAAUCUGGCGUUUAUGUGUCAGUUUCAGAUGACGUCUUUCCUCGAUCCUCCCCAUGGGCGAUUGCCUUCUGGAUUUUCUUACUCUUCAGCCUUGCCGGCGCAGCUUUGUUGGCUUGGUUCUUCUACUCGAAACAAAAGGAGAAAGAGAGACAGCUACAAGAAAUAAAGGAUUCUGCAGAGUCCUUAGAACGAGAAGUCGAGUGGAGGAAGAUUUCCAUUAUAAAAGAAUCCAUUUUGUUUGAUCCAUCUACUGCUUAUUACGGCCUUCUGGUCUCUCCAGACACUCGCACGAUCUCAACCACAGACGUGGUCCAAGAUGUCCCCAAAAACCCAGAGAGGUUUGACACUGAGCCAUGUGUCCUCGGGCAGACCGCUUUCUGCUCAGGCACCCACUAUUGGGAGACGGAGAUUUUGGAGAGGAGCGGAGAGUUCUGGUCUCUUGGGAUAGCCAGCACGUCGGUGAGGAGGACCGGAGGUCAAAGAGAAUGUCCUGAAGCUUUGAUAUGGGCCAUUAGAGGAACAACAGAAGGUUACUAUGCUCUGUACACCCCACCAGUGUCCAUUGCGUUUGAACCUGAGCGGAUACAGAGAGUCGGGACUUAUCUGGACUAUGACGAAGGGAGGGUGUCCUUUUAUGAUGCGGACACUUACAGGCUCCUUCACACUUUCACUGAGAACUUCUCUGAGCCUGUCUAUCCAUUUUACUAUGUUGGACCAGGCAUUGCUUUCUCAUUAAAUCCAUAGGGCGGUGAAAGCCUAGUACACCUAAAUCGAAUUUAGACUUUAAUGGGUGAUGCCCGAGUCAAGGUGGCCAAAGACUUAUGGCAACUGGAUGGACAAUGUCAAUCAGUGGAUGUGACUCCGAAGAUGAUUAAGUAAAAUUGCAUUGUGGAGAGCCUCUUCUCUAUGUAACUUAUCCCCACCCAGAGUCAUCCUCAUCCCUCUCCACAUUAUAUCCCCACCUCCGUCCCAGCAUCAUCCAUCCCUCGCCACAAUAUAUCCCCACCUCCGCCCAGCAUCAUCCUCAUCCCUCUCCACAUUAUACCCCAUCUCCGCCCAGCAUCAUCCUCAUCCCUCUCCAAAUUAUACCCCACCUCCGCCCAGCAUCAUCCUCAUCCCUCUCAACAAUAUAUCCCACCUCCGCCCAGCAUCAUCCUCAUCCCUCUCCACAUUAUACCCCAUCUCCGCCCAGCAUCAUCCAUCCCUCUCCACAAUAUAUCCCCACCUCCGCCCAGCAUCAUCCUCAUCCCUCCCCACAUUAUACCCCACCUCCGCCCAGAAUCAUCCUCAUCCCUCUCCACAUUAUAUCCCCACCUCCGCCCAGCAUCAUUCUCAUCCCUCUCCACAUUAUAUCCCCAACUCCGCC